AAGAGAGAGGAGAGAGAGAGAGAGAGGACGGAGCCACAGGUUCUCCUCACACCGCGGAUUCAAUCACACGAGUCGUUCAUGAAAUGUGGAGAUCCUUCCUCCACGUCUCCAAACGCGCAUUUACGCGGUGAAGCUGCAGCUCCACGUCCGCACAUGUCCCCGUCCACAGCCGCUCCUGUGAUAACCUUGAGGCUGUGCCACGCUGGGGACGACACGCUCAUUACGCACGACGCGUCUCUGUGUCCAAACCGCGGAUAUCGUGUCUGAAACGGAUUCAUCUUGCUGUGAAGGCUCGCUGCUGAAUAUCUGGACCGGAUUCAUGUUGAGCAUAUGUGCGUGCAUGUGUGUUUUUGUCCCCCCCCCUCAGUGAGAGAGCGUGCACACACACGUCAGCUCGUGGAGGGCAAAGCCUUCUUCAAAUGCAGUGGAUGUGACCAGACGACAGCAGCGUGUGCGCGGAAAGGUGAGCGUGGAAAGUGCGCGUGGGGGGGCACGAACAUGUCCGAGGAACCGGUCCACCCGCAGACGUGACGCCUGCGGCGGGAGGACACGCAGGGGGACGCGCGGAGACGCUCGCCUGGUUCCAAGAGACGCGCGGAGGAGUCUGCCCGAGGUGCGGGGAGCGGCGCCGCGGGGGGCCGGGGGACGAUGACCGUGGUGCCCGGAGAGAACCUGGAUGAGACGGUGGCACUGGCCGCGCUGUCCGCCCGGGACCGGUACGACCCGGAGCCGGCCGACAACCAGGACUGCUGCGAGCGGGUGGUCAUCAACGUCUCCGGGCUGCGCUUCGAGACGCAGCUGAAGACGCUCGCGCAGUUCCCGUGCACGCUGCUGGGGAACCCGCGCAGGAGGAUGCGCUUCUUCGACCCGCUGAGGAACGAGUACUUCUUCGACCGGAACCGACCCAGCUUCGACGCCAUCCUCUACUACUACCAGUCCGGGGGGCGGCUGCGCAGACCCGUCAACGUGCCCGUGGACAUCUUCAUGGAGGAGAUUAAAUUCUACGAACUUGGCGAAGAGGUGAUCGAGAAUUUCAAGGAGGACGAGGGCUUCAUCAAGGAGGAGGAGCGGCCGCUGCCGGAGAACGAGUUCCAGCGGCAGGUGUGGCUCCUGUUCGAGUACCCGGAGAGCUCCGGACCCGCGCGGGGCAUCGCCAUCGUGUCCGUGCUCGUGAUCCUCAUCUCCAUCGUGAUCUUCUGCCUGGAGACUUUACCGGAGUUCAGAGAGGAGGCGCGUCCGCUGGACGAGCACCUGCUGGUGAACGGGACCGCGCGCGUAAAGAAGCCGAACCCGUUCACGGACCCGUUCUUCAUCGUGGAGACUCUGUGCAUCAUCUGGUUCUCCUUCGAGCUGCUCGUGCGGUUCCUGGCGUGCCCGAGCAAACCCGCGUUCUUCAAGAACAUCAUGAACACCAUCGACAUCGUGGCCAUCAUGCCGUACUUCAUCACCCUGGGGCUGGAGCUGGCCGAGCACCAGGGCAACGGGCAGCAGGCCAUGUCCCUGGCCAUCCUGAGGGUCAUCCGCCUGGUGCGGGUCUUCAGGAUCUUCAAGCUCUCCAGACACUCCAAGGGGCUCCAGAUCCUGGGCCAGACCCUGAAGGCCAGCAUGCGGGAGCUGGGCCUGCUCAUCUUCUUCCUCUUCAUCGGGGUCAUCCUCUUCUCCAGCGCCGUGUACUUCGCGGAGACCGACGACCCGGAGUCGGGGUUCACCAGCAUCCCGGACGCCUUCUGGUGGGCGGUGGUGUCCAUGACCACGGUGGGCUACGGGGACAUGUGUCCGGUCACCAUCGGGGGGAAGAUCGUGGGCUCGCUGUGCGCCAUCGCCGGUGUGCUCACCAUCGCGCUGCCGGUGCCGGUCAUCGUGUCCAACUUCAACUACUUCUACCACCGGGAGACGGAGCACGAGGAGCAGCUGCAGUACACGCACGUGACCUGCGGGCAGCGGCCGCCGCGGUUCGGGGAGUUCCAGAGGAACGACAGCAACCCGUCCCUGUGCAAGUCCGACUACCUGGGCAGCGAGGACGCGGACUCCAUCAAGUACACCAACUGCAGCCCGCACAAGGCGUGCACGGGCAAGCUCACCGACGUGUGAGCGAGCCGCAAGCACGCACCACCGGGGCGCGCACAGGGAGCCGGGCCGUGCCAUCUCCAACAUCCGUGCGCUCCGGUCCGGCUUCUUCCUCCUGCCCGCACGGAACCAGGGGCUCGAACCCGGCUCCUCCACUCCCGCGUCCCGGCCGGGCGCGUGUCCGCCACGUGCAGCACUUUGUCUUUUCUCUUCUGUCUCUCAGUGAUUUGUCUUCUGUGUCCCUCAAGGUGAAGGUUCGAAGUUUACACCUGAUUCUCUGUCGCUCUGCAGCAGAGACGCGUGAGGACCAGCUCCAUCCAGAGCUACAGGCUGACACACGCACUCGCACACAUGUUAUUUCGGCCUCAUGUAUUUUCCUGUCCGGCUCACAGUCGGAUCAGACGGAACCGGUUCUCCUGUGACUCCAUGUUUGGGUUCGAAUCAGGCUUCUGCACAAGGAGCCUGCGAGACAAGAACAGGGCCACACGCACUGUGUUAUUGACGUGCACGUGGUCGGCUUCAGGAGGUUAAACCUGUUUGUUAUGAAAACCAGGCGCAGCGUCUCCUAACCAGGAGCGCCCCCGCGUGGAGGAGACCGGCUCCUGCAGCCUCUUCUGGAGGAGGCAGUUUCUAUAGCAACCUUCCAGACUUGUCUGUGUUGUCUGUCACAGGAACUAGAGGAGGAGGAGGAGGAGGAGGUGGAGGAGGAGGAAUAGGAGCAGGAGGAG